UGUGAGUGAGGGCGAAGGAAAGCUGCUUGUUUGUCAGGUCCGCAGCCGGUAAGAUAAAGGGCGGAAUUGAGGGAGAGAUGCAGCCGGCGGGUGGACGGGCAGGUUUCGUAAACACCUUGAGCCGUUCUGAAGCCAGAAUAACAAGCUACCGGUUCCUCGCUGGUACUGUGGGCGGCAGUUGCCCCGAUCCGCGUUCCUCGGACACUGGAAGUGGAGGAUUGACAGACGGGAAACUCAAACCAAACAUCUGACAGAGUCAUUUGAUUCUUCAGAACCUGAAUAUCACUAAAGUUUGAAUGUAUAAGUGGAACAGCUUGUCUGUAGGCAAAGAUUUCAGGGUAUUAGAAGGGAAGGAUUUGCAGAUGCGAAACUCAAACCAAACAUCUUCUGACAGAGUCACUCGAUUCACCAGGACCUGAAUCAGACUUUGAAUGUGGAAGGAGAAAUGUUUGUCUGUUCUGUCAGUGGGGAAAGAUACUGAACGUCAGUGUCACUGGAAAAACACUGAGACACACACAUAUACACACCCGAGUGAGCGUGUUCAGUGAACUGACUGUGGAAAGAGCUUUAACCAGUUAAACAGCCUGGAAAAGCAUCACAUCGUUCAGUGAGGAGAAAUCAUACACAUGUUCUGUGUCUGGACAAGGCUUCAACUGAUCAUUCAACCUGGAGAGACACAAGGACACCCACACUAUGGAGAAACCGUGGAAAUGUGAGGAUUGUGGGAAAGGAUUCAGUUACCCAUCCCUGCUGGAAAACCAUCGACGCAGUCACACAGGGGAAAGGCCAUUCACCUGCUCUGUGUGUGGGGAGGGAUUUACUCAGUCAUCUGGCCUUUGGUCACACCAACGAAUUCACACUGAGGAGAAGCUAUUCAGCUGCACUUCUUGUGGAAAGAGGUUCAGGCACUCUUCAGCACUCACUGUACAUCAACGCAUUCACACUGGGGAGCGGCCAUUCACUUGCUCCGACUGUGGGAAGGGAUUCACUCAGUCGUUCCAUCUUCUGACACACCAGCGAGUUCAUACUGGAGAGAGGCUGUUCACUUGCUCUGUGUGUGGGAAAGGAUUCACUGGGUCAUCCCACCUGCUGUCACACCAGCGAAUUCACAUUGAAGAGAAGCCAUUCAGUUGCACUUCCUGUGGAAAGAGUUUCAGACAGGCAUCGUCCCUCAUUUUACACCAGCGAGUUCACACUGGGGAGAGACCAUUCAUCUGUUCUGAGUGUGGGAAGGGAUUCACAGUUUUACCCAACCUGCUGAGACACCAGCGAAUUCACACUGGGGAGAAGCCAUUUAGCUGCACUUCCUGUGGGAAGAGUUUCAGGCAGUCAUCCAACCUCACUGCUCACCAACGCACUCACACUGCAGAGAAACCGUUCACAUGCUCCGUAUGUGGGAAAGGAUUCAGUAGGUCAUCCAACCUCACCGCACACCAGCGAGUUCACACUGGGGAGAGGCCGUUCACUUGCUCGCUGUGUGGGAAGGGAUUUGCAAAGUCUUUCAACCUGCUGACCCACCAACGCACUCACACUGAGAAGAGGUUAUUCAACUCUCGGUGUGUGGGAAGGGAUUCACUCAGUCACGAUGCCUCCUGAGACAUCAGCAAGUUCAUAAGUGACUGCAGGGGUUGGAUCCUGCUGUUCUUGCUGCUUGUAAGAUUGUUUAGUAUUCAUAGUCUGGCAAUAUUUUGUUUCUGCUGAUGUUAACAACCCUAUAACUGGCUGGAGUUUAAUAUUCUGGAGAUGUCACUGAUUUUCAGGACUGCAGUGUCCCUUUUUAAAAGCACCAUUAACUUCAAAAACUGUCAGUAGAAACCCCUUGACAAUAAAAUUAUGAACUUUUA